ACAAACCGGCGCAGUAAACCGGCAUAUGUUUACAUCAUCUUAGCAGCGUGAAAAACGAUCACUAGGAGGAAUCAGCUCUUAAUUGGACUUAUUUUCUUGAUGUGCUAGAUGAUUCACAAGUGUGAGUACAAGUUUGACGAUGUUUUCUAACAGACGACUGGCCAAAAGAUCGAUCGUAGGAACGCGAGUUUGUGCUCUUUGGCAAGAUGGCCGGUAUUAUCCGGGCGUCAUUGAAGCCCAAAGCUCGGACGAAAGUAUGUUCACGUGUGCUAUGUUCAUUGUGAAAUUUGACGAUGGAUAUCAGAAGGACAUUCCUGGCAAGUUUAUUAUAGGACCGGGCUUCCAGUCCGGACCCACCACCCAACUGAAACACGGACAAAAAGUGUACCUUACUUUACACGGUCGGGAAGUGUCAGGUAUAAUUAUAACUCAGGAUGACGACAGCGUUUUGAUAAAUGUCAGACUGCAGACUGGACAGGAGGAUCAGAUGAUUCGAAAAGUUGAUGAUGUCAGACUUUUGGAAAGCCGAAAAUCGGCUAGGCUGGUCGACCAAGAGACAGAUUACUCGAAACUGAACGACCUUUCGUUUACGGAAUCGUCCGGGAAGAAACGAACCGUUUCGCACGUCAUCGACGUUCCCACGAAAGCACCAAAUGUGUCUAGGAGGCACAGACUACCCCGUGACCCGGUAGAUGCGGACCUCAUUGAGGACACCGAGAUGGUGAGUGAAGAAACGGACAUGGUGAGUGAUGACACGGACGUCGCGAGCAAGAACUCUGAAACGAUGGCAGCCAUCGCCCUCACCAACCUGUCUUGUAGUCCUGCGUCUCCAACCUUCCCGUCGUCCUUCAAAGAAAAGGAGUUCCACACUCCGCCUGUCGCCCAUCCAUGUCCAGAGGGUUUCGGCUUGUCAUGUAGUACCACCAGCAGCGGUUUCGGGAGCGGCAAUUCGGAGAGAAAUGAAUACUCCCCGCCCCUCCCCUUUCCUCUCAGUGAGAGCGCCCCUGCCGCCGUCGGUAGAGACCUGCCCUUCUCGCCAGACGAGGGCGUGGAUUUGGAGGAAGAGACAACAGAUUUCUACAACGAACAACAAGAGGAACUCAAGAGGACGGUGUAUCAAUGCACGUGGAGAAAAUGCGGCCAUACCGAUCGCUCAUACACAGAUGUAGCGCGACACGUCAGGAAAACUCAUCUACAACGUGACAGUGACUCGGAGUUGUCGGACGAGGAGGAGUUUUACAUCGAUGACGUCGUCGUGGGCAGCGUCGACACCAUGACAAAGCAGUUCGCCGAAAUGCACACAUCGUCGCCUCCGGUCGUCCGCCUCGACAUCACACCAACAUUGAAGUCAUUCGAUCACGACUAUCUCAAAAAGGAUAACAAGUGUAUACCAAUGGCGUCGUCUGUGCCAACAGAGAACAUGGUUGUACACCCAGGCAGUACUUCGAGUCCGAUUCCCAUCGCGAUUCCUGAAGGGCAAAUUAAACGAUCUCUGUCGUGGCAGGUCCACUCUGUGUCACCAGCCAACUCGAUUUCUCAACCAAUCCGAAUGAACCGCCCAACGGCCCAGGAGAGGCUGCACCAACACCAGGCUCAAUCCCCAAAGACUCACGUGCUCGCCGCGUCACCCAAGGGAAACAUAAUCCACCGGAAGCCGCGUAGUGAGGUGCGCAAGUGUCGCAAGGUCUACGGCAUGGAGAAACGGGACAUGUGGUGCACUCAGUGCAAAUGGAAGAAAGCAUGCACACGAUUUCUGGACUGAAACAAAAACAUAACUUAAUUCUUUGUAAGAUCUUUAGUUUAUACUUCCUUUGGUUUUAAAUGAUGAAAAAGAGAGACAAAUGGAAGAAAGCAUGCACACGAUUUCUGGGCUGAAAGAAAAACAUAACUUAAUUCUUUGUAAGAUCCUUAGUUUAUACUUCCUUUGGUUUUAGAUGAUAAAAAAAGAGACACAAAUGGAAGAAAGCAUGCACACGAUUUCUUGACUGAAAUUAAAAACGUAACUUAAUUCGUGCCAUAAUGGUUACUUUCCUUUUGUUUUAAGUGGUAGAAAAGAAAGAUAAAUGGAAGAAAGCAUGCACACGAUUUCUGGACAAACGAAAAAAAAAUAAAAAAAAUAACUUAAUUGUUUGUCAGAUCCUUAAUUUGCUUUCUUUAGUUUUAAAUGAUAGAGAAAACAGUGGCUAAUGGAAGAAAGCAUGCACACGAUUUCUUGACUGAAGCCAAAAAAACGCAACUUUAUUUUUGCCAGAAUGGUUAGUUUACUUCCUUUUGUUUUAGGUGGUAGAAAAGAGUGGCUAGUGGUAAAAAGCAUGCACCCAAUUUCUUGACAGAAACAAAAAACAUAAUUUAAUUCUCUGUCAGAAUCUUUAGUUUACUUGCUUUUGUUUUAAGUGGUAGAAAACAGAGAUAAAUGGAAGAAAGCAUGCACACGAUUUCUGGACUGAAAACAACAAAAACAAAACAUAACAUAAUUCUUUGUCAGGUUUGAGGGCUAAUGGUAGAAAGCAUGCGCCCGAUUUUUUUUUACUGAAAGUGAAAAACGUAACUUAAUUCUUGUCAGAAUUAUUAGUUUACUUUCUUUUGUUUUAAGUUAUAGAAAAAAUGGGCUAAUGGAAGAAAGCAUUCACGCAAUUUCUUGACUCGAAGAAUUUUUAAAAUUAUUAUUGUUUGUCAGUUUCCAUCCUUUAGUUUUAAGUAAUAGAAAAUAUUAACUAAUGGAAGGAAGCAUGCACACAAUUUCUUGACCAAAACAAUAGUAACACUUCUUUUUCCAGAUCUAUUGUAAGUUCUCUCCCUAUAUAGUGAUUACAAAAGGGACAAAUGUUAGCAAGCAUCUAAGACUUAAAAUCCAUAUAACCGUAAAUAAAAUGUGUUGAGUGCAUCGUUAAAUAAAAAUUUCCUUUCUUUCUUCCGUACAUAAAACAAGGAUUUUAAAGUAACUAAAUCUAAAUCUAUUUCUGGAAGUUAUACUUUUUCCUAAAAUACAUUUUUAACCUUUAUAAACACCAGAAACACAUUGAUAACUGAAUACUGAAAUAUUAAGUAAUAUGUUAUUUAACAGUAAAUAAUAGUAGUGCUAAUAUUUUUCACUUCUUAAUAACUGAGGUCAUUGCAUUGGAUUGAAUGCCAUAUCUUUGCGCACAUUGCUUUUCCCAUUAGGUACAUUGAAAAUCUUGAGAAAGAGAGACAGAGAGAGAGAGAGAGAGAGAGAGAGAGAGAGAGAGAGAGAGAGAGAGAGAGAGAGAGAGAGAGAGAGAGAGAGAGAGAGAGAGAGAGAGAGAGAUAUAUAUAUAUAUAUAUAUAUAUAUAUAUAUAUAUAUAUAUCAUGUGUAUGAUUGUUAAAACCUAUUUUUCUGUAACAAAAAGAAAGAAAAAAGACCCCAACAACAACACUCUAAAAUGAAAUUUAAAAAAAAUAGAAAUCAUUUGUAUAUACUAUGUAAAUAUGUACAUAUUUGUUUAAUGUGAAAAUGAGCAUAUAUCACUGAGAAGAAUUGAGACGAUUUAGUGUUUCAGGGUAUUUUGUUUAUAAAAAUAUGUAUUAUUUGCUGUGUAUUCAAGAAACAAUAAUUAUACAAUAACUUACUAUAUAAUACUAUCCACGAUUUUUUAAUUGUGUUUUAACAAUUUACUGUAACGAUGCUGUUGUUUCCAAUAAUCGUAGUGCACAGGCGUCGGAAGAGGAGUGGGGGUGAAGCAGGGGUCACUUCUGUCACCCUCACCGUUUCUGAAAACUAUAUUGUAUAAGCCCCUCUUCCUCCUAGAUAAAAAAACGAAUUGAUAUACAUAUCGAAUGCGUGUGCAUAGGAAGGGGGAUGGGUCGAACCUCCCCCUGCUCGAAAUUGUUUUUUAAAAUGUAUUUUGGGGAAGCAUAACCCGACCCCCCCCCCCCCCCCCCGUUAUAAAAAGUUAGCUCGCCAGUCUAGACUCCCCAGCACAAUGUCUUGCACGCGCCCGUAUAUAACACACACACCCCCCAUUUUGUUGAAAGGCGAAUUUAUAUGUAACUGUACCACUUCCAGUGCCCUCCUGCUGCCUUCCGUUUUCCGUUACCUUCCGACGCCAGUGUAUACUUAGUAUUAAUGCAGUUCAUUCAUUAUUUUAUUGCAUAUUAGGGCGUAUAGUUUUUUUUCUCCCAUUUAUAUGUACACAUGUACAUGUAGAUUCACAUAACGUAGUGUCAUAUUAUAUUGUACCAAGGACGGUAGAAAACGUACCCUAGGUUAAGUGGAGCUCCAACACUAACCUACCCCAAAACAUAUUUAUAUUUUAUUAGGCCAUUAUAAAUUAAAAUACUAGAUUUGUAUUUUAUCUUCUUUUUGUAAAUCUUUUUUUCAUUUUCUUUUUUUUAAUCUUUUUUUUAAAUCGGAGCGGGGUUGGGGAUGGGUGGAUUUGUUAAAUUUAAUUUUUUAUUUAAAUUUUUAGGUCAAAAUAUGUUUCUUUUAUUAUUUGCUGUGUAUUCACAUUUUUUUUUUUUUUUUUUAAAUUUUAAAUUUCAGGACAUUGGUGUAAAAUAUGUUCCAUAUAUUAUUUGCUGUGUAUUCACAUCCCCUGUUUAUGUACACAUCGGGUAAAAAAGAUUGGGGGAGGGCACAUAAAAAAAGGGGCGUGGGCAUUUAUUUCCGGAGUAGGCGGGGAUUAAAAUCUAGGAUCUAUUUUAUAAUGACCUUAUUGGUAAUAAUAGUUGUAUGCACAGUGGUUAAAUAUGUGAAUAUCGCGUGUGUUCAUUGGUCAGUCAUUAUCAAAUGGACGUGCUUCAAAACAGUUUGUCCCGACAGCGGUAUACAAGUUUAGUUUUUACUUGUAUCAUGACCUGCUGUUAAUAAUUUGUAAAUAGAAUUAUUUUCCACGUGUCGAGAUAGUGAAAUGUAAUGGGCUUGUUGAUCUGCAAUGUUAUGGUUUGGUUUAUUUUUGUUUGUGUUUAUGUGUGCACACACAGACCCACAUGGAGACACACACACACGCAGAGAGACAAACGCACACAUACACAGAGAGAGAGAGACACACACACACACAUACACACACACACACACACACACACAAACACACAUGCAUGUGUGCAUACGUAUAUACAAUUCAGAAACAAUAUAUGCACGCACUCACGUAUACACAUAAACUCUCUCUCUCUCUCACACACACACACACACACACACACACACACGUGUAUUUAACUUGUUUUGUUGUUGAAAUUUCACUUUGACGGUGUACAUAGUUAUAAUAAUGUCUGUAACUGUUUGUGUUAUUUCCAUUUAAUUAUGUUUAACUCUUUCAUAAAUGCAUCUUAAACUAAUGUUCUAAAAUUUCCAAAACAUUUAUUAUUAUUUUUUUUAUUUUUUUUAUUUUUUUUUUUUUUAUUAUUUUUUUUUUUAAUACUUAAGACUGAUCUUAUACUACACGAGUGGUCGUUAGAUACCACUUAUCUUACGAGUUUUUUUUAAAACGUAUUUAACGAGCGAAAGCGAGCUAGAUACGUUUUUAAACAACGAGUUGUAAGAUAAAUGGUAUCUAACAGACUCGAAUGUAGAAUUCUAUUUCAUACAUAUCUUCAGAAAACAGUUUUAAAAUAAAUUUAAACGUCUUUUCCAGCUAAAGUCUAUUUACGGCUCUAGCGCUUGUAGUUAUCUCAUGCGUCACAGACAAAUCAAUUUCAGGUUAAAUUACGUCAAAGAGUGAUCGAUUUCGACUGUGCAUUUUUUUUUCAUUGGAUGGUUUGGCAUUGGCGACCAGGUCAUCACCUAGGAGCAGCCAGUCAUAUGACUUUAAAUUGUUAUCACACGUAUAUGUGUUAUAAAAAAUAACGAAAGAUGUUCUCACCAACAUAAUGUGUAAGAAAGUGAAUUGUAUGAGGGCGGAGAGGUUAGGGGUGGGGGUAUUACUUCAGGUUUCAAGCUAGACCCCAAAAACUGAUUAGUCAUUUAACGAAUGUGUAAGGAAAUCGGUAGCGAAAUUCAAACUUCAAUUACUUAGCUAAACUGAAUAUAACCAAUUAAUUUUUUUUUUAAAUAAUUAAAUUUGAAUUAGAUUUUAGGGCAUUUAUUAAUAAAAUUCAAAUUUCAGUAACUUAGCUAAACCGAAUAAAACCAAAUUAAGGUGGGGGUUUUUAAUAAUUAAAUUUGAAUUAGAUUUUGGGGCAUUGAUUAAUGAGAUAAUUACACUGACCAACGUUUAUUUAUUUUUUCAUCCCAAGUGUAGUCGACCUUUAAAUGAAAAAUGCGACGUGGUCCGAAUGCCACCAGAGGUAAAUUUGUGAAAUUAUUCGAGGGUUACCAAGAACUUACGAAUGUAUCCGAUGAUUAAAGAUCAACAUCGCUAGUAUUUUUAAGCUGUAUCCUAAAGCUGUAUCCUAACCGGACGCGAGCGAUCUGAGCAAUUAUUUCAGAAAUCAUUGAUUUCAAUUGCCACAUCCUAACCGCACGCGUGCGACGCGACGUAUUUAUCUGUCGCGCAGCACGCGUGCGGUUAGGAUGCGGCGGUUUGAAAUAAUGAUUUCUAAAAUAAUCGCUCACUUAACCGGCCGCGAGCGAUUAUUUUAGAAAUCAUUGAUUUCAAUUGCAGUAUCCUAUUCGGACGCGUGCGAGGCGACAUAUGUAUCUGUCGCGUCGCACGCGUGCGGUUAGAAUGCGGCAGUUGAAAUCGGUGAUUUCUAAAAUAAUCGCUCGAAUCGCUCGCGGGUGGAUUAGGAUACAGCUUUACUGGUGAUAAUAAUAAAAGAAAUGACCGACUCCUUCUACAGUGUUUGUGAAUUUACGAAUGAAUUAAAAAAACAAGUGACACUUGGGCGUCAGUUUUUGUUAAUAGUAUUAGCAAUAAAAUAAUGACAGUGCCAUGUGCUAGUUUUAGUAAAAUAGUAAACUGGUCUGUGAGUGGCAGUCCUCAUUGAGCGGUACAUGGAGGAUGUAUUGUCCUGGACCCCGUUCCACAAAGCGAUCUUAGAGUUAAGACCACUUUAAGUGCAUAAGGUAAAAAUAGACUUAAGGUGAUCUUGACGCUAAGAUUGCUUCGAGGAACGGGGCACAUUAAAGGAUUUCCUCGGGAGUGGCUGUCCUAUAGACGAGACACAAGAUAGAUUCGUGGAAUCAACCACUGUUUUGUUAAAUACCCAUUUAACUCUGUAUUGUGCAGAGAUGCGGUUUUGAUCAUGUAUAACGGUAGCUCGAGUGUCCUCUAGCGCUGGUCUAAGGUAUAAACAGACCUGGGGCCCAUUUCACUUAAACAUCGUAAAUUUACGUCUGCUACUAAUAGUUAUACCGGUCGUGCGUUUACAUGUGUUUGGCGUCUAUUUUACGCAGAAAAUUUACAUUAUCGCGGAAGCUGGAGUAAUUUGAGGAAAUAUGUGUUCUUCAAACUAUAUUUGCUGAACUAUAAUAAUAAUAAUUAGAAUUGUGAUUUAGUCGUAGAUUUACGUUUACGUGCAAAACUAGGCUCACGGUCGGAUGUGUUGUGAAACUGGUCCCAGUUCUAGGAUGAAGGAAAUGUUAUAUUCAACGACUCGCGCAACACAUUUUAUUUACGGUUAUAUGGCGUCGGAAGGACACUCGAGCUGGGAAAACGGUUUUGUCGUUCAGAUUUUAAAAUCAGUUAUGAGAUAAGAAUUAAUAUUGGUUGUUAUUCCACGCCUAUAAUAGUAAUUAGAAUUGUGGUUUAGUCGUAGAGUUACGUUUACGUGCAAAACUAGGCAUACGAUGUUUUGUGAAACGGGGCCUGGUUCUAGAGGACGCUGGAACAGGGGUUACGGUUUUGUCGUUUAGAUUUUAAAAUUAGUUAUGAGAUAAGAAUUAAUAUCGGUGGUCAUUCCACGCCUGGUUAACCAUGGAGUGAACUCGAAAUACCAAGUCUUUCAUCAAAUGAAGUAUGAUUUUAGUGCUAUUGAAUUACUCACUUAUAUAUUUUCUUAUGUUGUAUUAUUAUAAAACAUUUAUCCGUGUUAGAAUAGUGUGACGUGUUUCCUCCCUUUAUGUAAACUUAAAAUGCCAUGUAGGAUUUUGUCAGACCAGGCCUGGUGCUUAUAAAACUUUUAGAGUCUAGACUCGAGACUCUAAUAGAGUCUGAGACACUAAUGUCAUGACAACACCAUACCAAUUGUAUGCCUGUGACGUCAUUAGAGAUUGAGUCUGGACUCUAAAAUGUUUAUAAGCACGGGCCCAGUACUAGGUUAACCAGUUUACGUAUAUAGUGUGAUAUGGUGAUGAUGAUGACAAUGAUGAUGGUGACGAUGAUGAUUAUGGUGAAUCCUGAUGAUGACGACGAUGAUGAUGAUGGGUGAUGAUAAUGACUGAUGGCGAUGAUAAUGACGACGAUGGUGAUAAUGAUGAUGAUAGUGAUGAUGAUGACGAUAAUGAAGACGAUGAUUCAUUUGCGUGCUUACUGAGGUUCAAGCACGCUGUGUUUGGCAUGUAACUGAUCUACAAGGGCUGUCUGUCCAAAAUGUAAAUGAAUUUUUAGUGUGAAAACAAAAACACCACCACAAUAACUUUUUUCUUUAAAAAAAAUCUUUAUGGGUCUGUAGGUAUUAUUAUAUUUUAUUUUAUUUUCUAAAACCAUCCUCAUAAUCAUCGUCAUCGACGUCGUCGUCGUCAUCAUCAUAAUCAUCAUCAAUGCAGUGAACAAAUAUAAAGGCAGAGUCAUCGCCCCUACUUGCCCCACUAAAUAAUCGAACAAGAUAUUGCCAGAAAAAUAAGUAGAAGUACAAUGUAUGCAAUUAAUCUGUUCCUAAAGAGGGGCGAGACGUAGGCCAGUGGUAAAGCGCUCACUUGAUGCGCGGUCGGUCUAGGAUCAAUCCAAGUUGGUGGGCCCAUUGGCCGAUUUCUCGUUCCAGCCAGUGUACCACGACUGGUAUAUCA